AUGAGGUUUGUUCCUACCACGAAACAGGCGUGGGUAGCAGCGGGAUGUGUUGCUGCUGCCGUGCUUUGGGUUGCUACACAAUCAUCUAGUACCGGCGAUGGAUUCUAUCCUCAUCGGCGCCUCGACAUGUCCUUUCACAUGAGUGCCAUUGGAGAAAGAAACGUUAAGCCCAUGUAUGACAUGACGCAAUUGCAAUACAUGUCCUCGCCAUGUCGCCCCGAGACGGACGGGUACUUUGGCUCCACUUCCGGGACACCCUUGGAGAUUCAAUUUGGUUUUGAAUUGGAGACAGAAGACGAAGACCCUGUUGAAUUUCUACUGGAGGAAAUCCAGGAACAAGUUGUAGAUGUAGUGCUUUCAACUACGUUUCCCAAUCUAUGUGGAUUCCGACGUCGAGAAAGAGAGCGACACUUGAGCAUGAGAGGAUUAUCCAGCCAAGAGAGUCAGUUGAAGGCAAAGCCUCGCACUACAGGGUUCAAGUUCCACAUGGACCUAGACAAUCGAUCAGAAAUUUGCGCCCCCAUGGCGGACCCUACCAAUCUCUGUGGCGUCUACAAGAAUACCAUCGGCAUCUACGGACGUCAUUUGACAGGUGUCGGGGAGCACCUGCUGUCCCAAAUCAAGGAUACACUGAAUGGAGAACGAGAACGACUUUCCAAAGAUGGGCUGGUUAGACUCACAACUCUGGAUAGUCUGACGAUGCAAACCAAUGACUAUGGACCACAACCAUCAGGAAUCGAUGCACUGUCCUUUGCUGCAAAGGCUGGCAUUGUGGUUGUCAUUAUUGCCUUGGUAGCCGGAUUUGCAACCUUCUUUGUUUACGUUUAUCUGGAACGCCAAAAGGAGCGACGGGAUGCGACGUACGGCCCACAAGGCAAAAACAUCACCUCGAACGGCACGGUGGGAUGUGAAGAAGAAGCCAGUCACAUCUCGGAAACUGUUGGCUUGCGAGAUGGAACCGCUGUAAUUCUUGAAGGUGGAAGACCUGUAAUCAUUGAGUUUGAGAAGGGUUCGAGGGGCUCCAAGAGCUCCCGAUCCAAAGAUGCCAUUGAAGAAGAACGAAGUGAAUGCAACUCAACGUUGUACUCUCACGAAUCUGCAGAUGGCCGUUCGGCUUCUUCUCAGUACGUUCCCCAGAGUCCUCGGCAGCAGCAACAACAACUCCGCAGUGUCAGUAGCGCUGUGAUCGAAGAAGAAAAGGAACCGGAGGACAGUGAAACCGUGGACGGAACAAACACACUACAACAUGCAAGUGCGUCUGUCAAACCAGCUGCUCCAAUGAUGGGUCAAUCGGUGGCAUCCUUUACAGAGUACACAGAACAGACUGCAACCGACAAUGACAGGGCUGGAGAGUUCACCUAA